AUGGCCCCCACACAGGAUAACUUCGAAGGAUCCCCAUUGAUUGCCCACUUCCAUGAUCCUGAUGAGGAAAAUAUGCCCUCUAUCAAGUUUGGCUGGGAGUUCUUCCUUGGAGUUUUUGCUUUGGUGCUUCUUGUAGCUGCAUUGAUCGCAACAUUCGCUCUGUGCUGCUCCAAAAAGCAAGAGCAGGUUGCAACAAAGCAGGAAGCAGCCAAGAAAGAAGAAUCUCUUGAAAACUUGAAGAGCAACCUGGAAUGCAAACCUUGGUCCCCACAUUCCUCUCAGGAUGACAGAACAGAGAAGACAGCCGAUCCUUCUGAAGCUUCGCACUAUUCCAUUUUCGAUUCUGAUUCUAGCUCCUCUUACUUCUUGGGUCCUUCUAGAUCAUCUGCUGCCAUUGUUGAUGUUGAUGAUCUUGAGAUGCAACUACAAGAUAUCGCACUGAGUGAACAAAAGGAAGAAUCUGCUUGCACUGUCUCUAUGGAUGGUGCUGUCUCUAUGGAUGGUGCUAUCAAGGACAAGGAUGGAACAUGCUGUCCCAUUUGCAAUGAGAUGUAUCAAUGUGGCCAGCCAGUAUAUACUUCCAACAACUGUGGGCACCAAUGCCACAAGGUCUGCAUGGACAGGUGGCUCAGCUUCCAGAACACAUGUCCCAUCUGCAGUGAUGCAUUUGUUUUGGGAGUGGUCUAG